AUGGACAUCACAGUCUCCUCCGACGGGUCCGAGCACAACGAGGAUGGCAGGAGAGUGGGCUACGGAUACGCGGUCUACCAAGAUGAGCGGCAACUACUGACAUCGUCGGGAGCCAUUGACAGCAGACACCCGCUAGCCACUAUCUGGCUGUGCAUCGAUAGCACCUCGGUCAUUUGGUGCACACGAGGGAGCGUAUCCUCGUCGUCCUCAUGGACCUUCCUUGCAUGCCAGGAGGCCAUGGAAGCACACCCUGUAAAGAUCAAGUGGUUACCUUGGCAUAAGAACAUCGAAGGCAAUGAAGCAGCAGACGCACUUAUAAAUGAGGGUGCAGCCCACCAUCAGCGGGACCAGGACCAUAUACUGGGGCCUGCGCAACGAGGCCAGGUUCACCUGGUGGGACGGGGCAUACGCCAGAAUGUCCAACAACCACCGCAAAUAACGGACCACGCGGAAUACCACGUCAAGCCCCCUGCGGCCCUUGAACUAAGCAGGCCCACCCUGUACAGGUGGCUCGCACUCAGGUUGGGCCACAGGGACUUUGGCUUGUAUCACCGCAAGUUUCACCAUGAUGAGGCCAAGCUUAAAUGCUCCUGUAGACGCAAAAAGCCCCCGGAGCAUAUCGCACUCUGCCGCAAGACACACGGCACCUUUAACCGAUGGUCUUACGGCCCAUCUCCUCACCCAACACCAGGAACGAGGCGGUACGAUACCUCUAAUCCCUUAAGCCGGGGGACUUUAAAGGCCUUGUGGAAGUUACCGGCUUCUAUGAAAACAUCUGCACGAGGUAAUCCCAGCCCACCAAACCGACAGGGCCUGACAGCACGGGGCCUGGCGCCCCAACCAAUACCCACCUCUCUAAAACCCGCCCACCUCACCUUCUAA